UUGGUUAAUUUCAUGUGUGUUUUGACUCACUAGAGAGGUGUUGUGACAAGUGGCGAUACGGAAUACAAAUCAUCUACAUGACAGUGCUAUCGGUGGGCCAUGCAAUCGAAACAGGCAACAAACAGCAUAACGCCUAAAGCAGCGAGGCCGCGAGACCUUAGCGAGAUGGACGCCUGCAGGUUCUAGAGAUGCAGCUUUCCACUCCGUCGCAUGGGAAGGCGGUGGCGGCUGGUGAGAGCGGCGGUGGAUGGUGGGCGUGCGGGCGUCUCCCCGGCAUGGUGUGGACACGGGCGUGGCGGCGCUGGCAGCGAUGGGCGUGCGUGGGCGUGGGUGUAGUGGUCGGCGCCUGGCUGCUGCUGGCGGCACCAUGUGGCCUGCUGGCAUGUCCACCCCGAGAGACGGCCGAGGCUCGCUCCGGCGCUGGGGGCGGCGCCGCCACAUCCGAGCUGGAUACGGCGCGCCUCCUGUGCACGUACCUGUCGUCCGUGCCGCAAGGGCGACAGCGGGAGGCCAAGGGCUCGCCGCAACUGGGCGACAGCGGCCCCUACAGUGUCAUGUAUGACUGGAUGGCCGCCACGCGCUCCUACGCCGCCAACGAGUCGGUGACAUACACGACGCACACGACGCCGGAGAUGGUGAACCACGUGGCUGAGCUGUCCACCCGCUGGUCCGGGCCGCUCUCGGUCGCCGUCUUUGUGCCGCACUCGGACUUCUGCCUCGCCGCCGUCCGCAUCGCGCGCUUGCGGCUCUGCGGCCCGCCGGAGGUGAAAGAGAAAGUGUCGUGGCACCUGUUCUGGCCGCGCGACGUGCCCCCCGCGGCCGACUGGCACCUCGUGGUGGACGAGACGCUUCUGGACUGCGCGGGGGCCGACGAGGCCCUGGCUGUGCGCGGAUACCGGGCACGAGAGGUCAUGGCGUACCCGGUGAACGUGGCCCGCAACGUGGCUCGGACUGCCGCGCCGACCUGGUUCGUCCUGCCCUCUGACGUGGAGCUGUACCCGUCGGCCGACCUCGCGCAGCAGUUCGUGGCGAUGAUGGCGCGGGUCGGGGCGGGCCAGGACAAGAAGGUGGGCGGCGCCUGGCCGAGGGUGUUCGUGGUGCCCGUGUUCGAAGUGGCGACGGUGGUGCCCGAGAACAAGGAGGAGCUCGUGCGCCAGUACCAGCGCAGCGACGCCGUCUACUUCCACCGCCACGUAUGUGCGCACUGCCAGAGAUUCCCUGCGAUCAAUGACUGGGUCCGUCAGCCGGGGAAGCCGGGCAUGAUACAGGCGUUCUCGGUUGUAAAGCGCCAGUACCCAUACCACCGAUGGGAGCCCAUUUACAUCUGCACCAAGGACGAGCCCUUGUACGACGAGCGGCUCUCAUGGGAGGGUCUGCAGGACAAGAUGACACAGAUGCACGAGCUCUGUCUCCGCGGCUACAACCUGGUGAUUCUUGACCGGGCUUUCCUCGUGCACGCUCCGGGGAUCAAGCGCAGGAGCAAGACCAAGGCGAAGGACAGCGCCUGGAGAGACCCCUUCGUGGCGAAGAAUUCCCGCAUCUAUGAUAAAAUCAUGGAGGAGAUGCAGAAUAAAUUUGGGCCGAGUGACGUGUGCCACAGACACUGAACUGUUUAAGUGUUCUGAAAGAACGAAAUACAUAUACAUACUCUUGACAUUAUGGGUCUCACUGAGCUUUGGGGAAACUCGAUGUUAAGGCCUUAUUGUCCGGUCUCCCCUUUCAUUUACGCUGUUUUCUGAUGUCAUUUAAAUGAAACGCCACGCUUAUCUUGUGAUGGAGCAUUGCUAUGACGUCAUUUAACCCCGGUAAAGAAGGAAUGACUGAACGAAGGCAUCGUGUGUUGCCCCGGACACCGGUGGGCCUUCCGUAUUUAACACCGGUUAAAAGACUUGAAUGUGUAGUGUACACAAAAUAGCUGACAACCACGUGCCGCGUGAAUCGGAUACGACACGUGUUCUAUUCUUUAUUGUACUGUGGCAUCGACGUCGCCUCAGCAUCCCGACGUGUCGGCCCGCGCCGACGUCGGGACGGCGCAGCGACGUCGGCGCAGUGUUGUUAUUUUCGAGUGUUGUGACCAACAACGUCCGUGUCUUUGGUGUUUCUUGUGAAGACGAUAUUUUUCCACUGAGUGUUACGACCUUCAUGCGGGUAUCAGAGGUGCUUAUUCUGUGGUGUUUGUGGAUACUGUUGUUAAACCUUGAAUGAAAUACUGUUGACAAUACUGUUGGCAUGGACCAUGUCGGUUGUGUGUGUAGGUGGAGGUUAUAUUUUGCAAUGUCUUUUAAGGUGGGCUUUCCAUGGCCAGGCUUUAUAAUGUCGCCUUUAUGGGCCCAUAUCACUCGAACAUUUUCGGCCGAACUUUAGGUUAGGUUAUGAUACAGAUAGCGGUUUUAUGAUCUAAUAAAUCGCCUGUUAGCUUCAAGUGCUAGAAUCCGUAGAUGAUACAGAGGCACGAGUUUUUUUUCCUAGCUUAAACUGUCGAUAUGCAAUGGCUGUCUAGCUUUCAUUCGCAAAAUUAAAACAAAUUUUCAGCAUCUUGGUAAUGCAAGUAAUGAAACGGGAUUAUGCAAAGGAAGUAUAGGAAUAAUUCAGGCUUCGUUUUGAUGCAAGUAAGACGCGAAGGGGCGCUGUCCCUCCUCCAUCCAAGCAAAUGGUCACUUAUAAUGAUCGCUAGACAGCUUCUUAGAAAUUUUCGCAAGAAGUGACCUUAGAAUCAUCGCACAACGCUCUUGUUAUGUACAUAAGUAAGAUGAGUUGCAUGUCAACUGCCUUGCUGAUGCAUGGCACGGAUAGGUAGCUGAGACUACGCGCAUAUAAUUCGUCUGCCAUUCUCACGAGUCAGUCUAACGUUUAUUUCUGGAAGCUUCCACCUGCCCGCCUGUUGUGUUGAUGAGAAAGUAAAGAGAUCCUGGCUAAUAAUGAGUAAAGGCUCUUUCCGAAAUCUUGCUCCGCCCGCGAUAGAUAAGAAAGAGGAAAACGGAAAAAUAUAGUGUUCUGGUGAAAAGCGUUUUCGAGAAAAACCUCUCACAAGUUGCAUUCCACCCACACCUCCACCCUUUGGAGGCGCUAACACAACACGCCGGCGACAUCGACGACGCGAAGACUUAUCGUGCCCGGGAGACGAGCGCCGGACGCAGGUUCCUCCCGCGCCGAAGCUCCCGGCGCAGGGUCCGCGGCUGACGGCGCGGUGUGCGAAGGAAAGAGAAGGGCGUGUUGCAGUAAUUGCUCAUUCUGGCUUCCGGAAUUCCGUAUGCAUUCUGAUAGCUAUGGGCAUGAUUAUAACAAGAAUGGAACUGCAGAAUAUCAUGUGAAUAAGUAUUGUUAUUUUGUUGAAUAUGACUAAAAUGAGAGACUAAUUUUGAUACUGAGCUGAGUUUGUUGUAAAACUGUGAUCUUUUUCUUGUUUAUAUUGUGUAAUUAUCUUUAACGAGGAGUGGCGAGCCUUCAUAUCAUUAGAAAAUGCCAUGUCGAUGUGGUGGAAUAAUCAUGCACAGCAUUUUCUACAUUGUCCCUUAAUCUGGCAAUGAAGACAAUAUCACUGGCGGCUGACGAUAGGCCAAACAGUCAUUGCCGGUAAACAAAGGCGAAACCAGCUGUUGACAGUGCUUAAGGGCAAAAACUUUUCCGAAGGCUUAGACACGCUUCAGGAAUUCCCCUUCGUAGGAGAGGCAUCCUGGACUCCUUUCAGAGCUGAUCCUUCCAUGUAUCUCCUCCUUCACAGUACUUGCCUUCAUCACACUAACUUCACCGAGCUUUGACUUCAGUGCACCUCGUAAUUAUGGUUCUCUCUUCCUGCCGUUUUUCUAUUCCGCCGAUUCCCCCUUUUCAUUCUUACACUAAAAUGAACAACACAGUGAACAUAACGCACAGCACCACACGGUUCAACAUCAUGGGUGUACAGCAAUCGCAGUCUAGUUAACAUAUAUUUGACACAAAGGUGUAUCUUGGUAUAGGAAUGAAAGACAGAAUUAAAUUGAAUAUAACGUAAAUGUAUGGGAAUUGUAACUUACAUUUUGGGAAAAAGUCAUCACUCCACGACUAAGAAUACCACAGUAAACAAGUACAAGGACACUGCCAUAUGAUCUACAUAUGUAACGUUCAUUUUCAAGGAGAGGCUGCAAACACUUUAUCAUACAUUGUGCACAAACCUUUACAAGUUACAUUUCUUAAAACAAUCUCACUACAUUGCUAUUUCCUUUUAUAAUUUAUCAAAUAUUCGGUUUAUUUUAUCCUUCCCGACUAUUUCAUAUUUCGUCUUUGAAUUUCUCCCUGAAUAUAUUCCACCCAGACGCAGCUUAGAAAGAAUGUCGAUUUUGUUAUGAUUCACGGAACUGAGUCUUGGGCACGUAAUAGAUAAGGUUUAUAUGAACUAAGUUGUUAUGAACCAUGAAGAGAAUUUAUCAAAUUGAUUUUGUUUGUUGAUAUUUAAGAAGCUAAUGAAUCUGAUCUUUCAUUGGCUUUUUGUUGACAUGAGGUCAUGUCACCUGCGAGCGAAUUUGCUUUCCAAACAAAGUAGUGAUGAAUAUUGCAUAUCUUCAGGCGCAUUUACUGCCUCUCUGAUACAGCAAGCUCAUCUAAUGAUGCGAAGUCGACAAGUGACCGUUUCUCUAACCAUCCGAAGGGGUGGGAAUGCAGGAAAAGGGACUUUCUUCUGCUUUGUUCGGAAUGACGACUCGCCUCCUGCAAACACGAGCGGCCGCCGCGCUCGCUCGUGCCUCUCGGGCGUCGUCGACUGUCCGACUUCUGUCCAUGACGCAAGAAGCCACUGGCCCCGCCCAUUUGACCUUGAAGCCUAGUAUCUUUUCGGUGAUUAAGCCCGUCCCUUUUCGUCGACCGUUCCCGGCCAAUAAACCAUGCUGCGUAACCUUACCCGUAGCGCCACUGCUCACGAAGACUAUCAUUUGCUUGUUGAUCAAGACUUGAAUAAGAGUUUCGAUAGAGCUUUCCCGGUGUCCCAUUCUUUAAGAAAAAAAGAAAAAAUCUCAUUCUUAAUCCCUCGUAUGUCAAAGUGGCGACCCCCCAGUCCACCCCACAAAAAUAAGUGAAUGACUGUGAUCGAAUUUAUUGCCAGAGUAUCUCCAAGCCAAACCCUCUCCCUGAGAACGAGCGAAUGAGUGCGUUCGAAUCCAUUGCCAAGGUACCUUCAGCCAAUCGCCCCUCCCAGAAAUCAAGUGAAUGAGUGUGUUCGAAUCCAGGCCAAUCUCCCCCCUCUGAAAAAUAAUAUGUAUGUUCGAAUCCAUUACCAAGAUAUCUCCUUGGCAAUUCCUUGUCCCCGGAAACAAGAGAGUGACUGUGUUCGAAUCCAUUGCCAAGGUAUCUCCAGGCCAAUCCCAUCUCGUCGAUAAUUCACGGUGAUAAUCCCUAAAGUGACUAUAAAGGUCGUUUAGCCUAGUCCCCCUCUUCCACAACUCACGCCAUUGUUACCCAUUUUUCGUUUUUUGACUUAGAAUGGAUUUCGGGAUUUUUUAUUCUCACCCCCACGUGAUAGGCCUAUUAUCAUUUUCAUCCAUGAUAAAAAAAUAUGCAGUGUGAGCUGUCACCCCAACACUUGCGGUUUUUAUAUAAUUUAUUGUUUUCCUAUCGUUAUAAUUUUGUAGCAAAUAAAACUGGCUCACGCA